GAAGAAUUAUUAUUUGUUAGAUUGUGUGUGAUGAGCGGGCACAGUCAGUUGGUGGCCGGGUGCGCGUCAAACCGCAUCGGACGCAUCAUCGUUUCGGCUGGCUGGGAUGGUAUCAUCAAUGUCUGGCAUGGCGUCACCGGUCAACUGGAGUUUAAGUUACCAAGGCAUGGGAGCCGUAUGAACUGCAUAGCACUGCACCAUGAUGAAACAUUGGUUGCUGUAGGAUGUUGGGAUGCGUCGAUUUGCUUGUGGAAUAUUGUAAGCAGGAAGAAAGUUGCAGUUUUUAGAGGACAUUUAAGUUCCGUGAAGGAUAUUUCCUUCAAUAAAACGGGAUCUCAUUUGGUGUCUGUCGAUAUUCAUGGAGACGUCAAACUAUGGGAUGCAAAACAUGGAGCCAUUGUUGGAAAUAUAAAAGGCCACUCGCAAGAGGUGUCACGUGUUCUUUUCAGUCCUGAUGGUAACUACCUGCUUACUGCAUCAUUAGACUCCACCAUUAAGAUUGUCGACCAUGAAUCCGGGACCCUCCAGCACACGUUGGUCGGCCACAAAAAGUCAAUCACGUGCGUUGUUUGCGCGUCACUGGUUACUGGUUCAAACGAUUUCAACCUCAAACUCUGGAACAUGAAUACUGGCAAAGAAACGCUGAAGCUCGUUGGCCACAUGGCAGCCAUCAGUCAUGUUGUUUAUAAGGUUGACAUUUUUAGCGGAUGCAUUGUAUCAAGCAGCAAUGAUGGAUCUGUCAGGCUGUGGUCCCAGAAAGGAGUUCAUCUCUCAACAUUAAAAGGACAUAAAGUCGGAUGCAAUGGAUGCGACAUGUUCCUUCAACAAGAGAGUUAG